AUGCUCACCAAGUACAAAAUAGUUUUCUUGGGCGACCAAGGAGUGGGCAAAACCUCGCUCAUCACUAGAUUCAUGUACGACACGUUUGAUGCACACUACGCGGCCACGAUCGGGAUCGAUUUUCUUUCAAAAACAAUGUACUUGGACGACAAAACAAUUCGCCUUCAACUUUGGGAUACUGCGGGCCAGGAGCGGUUCCGAUCGCUGAUUCCCAGCUACAUCAGGGACUCGAACGUGGCCAUCAUAGUUUACGAUAUCACAAACAAGGAAUCGUUCCAGAACGUUAGCAAAUGGUUUGACUACGUCAAACAGGAGCGCGGAUCUAACGUGCUGAUUAUCUUGGUUGGAAAUAAGAGUGAUCUAGAGAACAAAAUAAUUCCCAACGAGGAGGGAGAAAGUAUGUGCAAGAAGCUGGGGUGCAACUUCUUCAUCGAGACCAGUUCGAAGAACGGAUAUAAUGUCAAGAAUCUGUUUAAAAAAGUCGCCAAACUGCUGCCCGAACUGCAAGACGAAAACACAGACCAAGCACUGGACAACGACAAAGUGCAGAUGAUUGACGUGGCAGUGAACAACCAAGAAGCUGCCGAUGGAUGUCAGUGUUAA